AUGAUUAAACUUGCAAAUAAAAUAUUAAUGGAGCACACGGAGAAAGUCAAGAAGGGACGUAUUCAGAGAGUUUGUAUUGAAGAAUUGGUUUUUGUACUCACAAUGGAGUUAAGUCUGUUUCGCACUUUGUUAUGGUUGACGAUGGCCGUCGUGACGGCUAAUGUACAAAAUGACCCGGCGGGCAAUCAAAUUGUAACAUUCAAGGAGAAAACGUCGGGUCCAAUUGCUAUAAUGACAACAUCUUCGGGAGCAGCGAUUGAAGAAGAUGAAACUGUUACUUUAAACAAAAGGCUUUUGUUCAAUGAGUAUUUCAUGGAUUCCCUGACUCACUUAGUUCGUGAAAGAAUCCCAGAAAGGUUGGUUCAUGCCAAUGCUGGAGGAGCUUUCGGCUAUUUUGAAGUAACUCACGACGUAACAGACAUUUGUAAAGCUAAACUUUUUAGCAAAGUCGGGAAAAGAACGCCAGUGGCGGCAAGAUUCUCGCCAGUCGUAAUAGAGAGAGGUGGAACAGAUACCUCUAGAGAUGCUAGAGGCUUCGCUAUUAAGUUCUAUACAGAAGAUGGCAACUUUGAUAUAGUUGGUUUUAAUACACCUAUGUAUGCCUACAAGGACCCUAUUCUAUUCCCAGCUUUCGUAAGGGCACAGAAAAGAAAUCCAGCAACAAAUUUGAGGGAUCCAAAUAUGUUAUGGGAUUUCUUAACAUUACGACCAGAAAACUUGCACAUGUUCCUACUUGUGUUAAGUGAUCGUGGUAUCCCUGAUGGCUACAGACACAUGCCUGGCUUCGGUAUUCACACUUACCAGGUAGUUAACGAGCAUGGCGAAAACCACUUCAUUCGAUUUCAUUUCAGACCUGAUCAAGGUCUAAAAACUUUGACUUCUGAGAAAGCUAGAAAAAUAGGAGGUAUUGAUCCAGAUUACAAUACAAGAGAUUUAUAUACAGCUAUUGGUAACGGUGACUUCCCCAGUUGGACUGCAAGCAUUCAAGUGCUCACAUUAAACGACGUCAAGAACGCUGGAUUUGAUGUAUUCGAUGUUACAAAAGUACUACCACUAGAUAAAUAUCCGCUAAGGCUCUUAGGUCGUUUUGUUUUGAAUAAAAAUCCAACCAACUAUUUUGCCGAAAUCGAGCAGUUAGCAUUUAGUCCCGCUAAUCUUGUACCAGGCAUUUUAGGAGCACCAGACAAAGUAUUCGAAGCACGUCGAUUAGCUUACAGAGAUUCUCAGUACUAUCGCUUGGGCUCAAAUUUUAACAACAUACCUGUUAAUUGCCCAUUUCAAAAAAAAACUUUUACAUACAAUCGUGAUGGUGAACCACCUGUCAAGGAUAAUAUGAGGGACAUACCUAAUUAUUACCCAAAUUCAUUCAAUGGUCCUGUACCCUAUAAAGAUGAAGAUGCAGUACAACUUAUAGAGAUUUAUCAGGAUGAACCCAAUAACUUCGAACAAUCUAGGGAGCUUUAUAUCAAUGAAAUGUCGCCUGAUGAGAGGAAAAGACUAGUAGAAAAUAUAUUGUACGGUUUAGGACCGGCAACAAAGGUCAUCCAAGAGCGGGCUGUUAAGUUAUUUGACCUUAUACAUCCAGAUCUUGGUGAGAGAAUAUGGAAAGGUUUACAAUCAAAUAGAACAAGUUAUGACUUUGACUAUUGA